CGCUGUGCAGUGACGAUGAGCACAACAACAAAACACAGCUAGCUGCAGAAUAGGGUGUUAGCUUGCUAGCUACUUGAAAUAAACAUUAGCUGGUGUUACACAACCCAUGGCGAAGAAAAUAGAUCAGUGACAAGCGAAAUGAGAAACCAUAAAAAUGUGUACAUAGCAAUAUGAAUCGACCGUAAAAACUAAGAUUGAGUCAGCUACAUUAAAGACUAGAUAAUCAUACCUCAUAGCUAACUAACAACAUUUUCGGCUAGUUUUCUAAAACUAGCUAGCGUUAGCGCUAUGCCAUUCAAGCUAAACCAAGUUAGCCAGCUAGCUCGCCAAGGCGGGGGAAAGGAUUGGAGUAAACAACAACGGGUGGUGUUGAAUGACUAAAUGAUCAAGAUAAAGGAGUGUGACGAUCGCUGGAGGAUUCGACAUGAAGUUGUAUGUGUUCCAGGUCAACAAUGGAAGCACUCUGGCAUUUGACACAGAGCUCGCUGUCCAAACUGUGUUGGACCUCAAACAUGCCAUCCAGGUCAAAUACAAGAUUGCAACCCAGCAUCAAGUUCUGGUUGUCAAUGGAGGGGAGUGUAUGGUUGCAGAGAGGAGAGUCUGCAGCUACAGUGCCGGCACUGACACCAACCCCAUAUUCCUGUUCAACAAAGAGAUGAUUUUGUGUGACCGGGCUCCGACGAUCCCUAAAACCACCUUCUCUAUUGAGAAUGAGAUGGAGCUCAAGGUGGAGGAGUCACUAAUGAUGCCAGCAGUCUUUCACACCGUUGCCUCACGAACACAACUUGCUGUGGAAAUGUUUGAAGUCGCCAAGAAACUUUGCUCUUUCUGCGAACGCCUGGUUCAUGAUGAACACCUCCAACACCAAGGUUGGGCUGCUAUCAUGGCAAACCUGGAUGACUGCACCCUGUCUUAUCAGAAGCUACUGUGGAAAUUUGACACGGCGUACAUUAAUUAUCAACAAGAAUUUGAGGAUAUCAAAUUGAAACUGACAAAACUGGGGACAGCAGUUUCAGUCAUGGCCAAUAUCCCCCUGCUGGAGUGUCUGACCCGCCACAGCUACAAAGAAUGCAUAGAGAAGUCCUGCUCUACUCCAAACAAGGACUCUGACGAGACCGAGGAGGAGAAGUCCACUGACUCGGUGCUCUGCCCCUCCCCCACCAAGCUACCUGCAUCGUUCUCUGCUCCGGGGGCGGGGGACUCGCCAGACACCGCCGAAGCCCAGGAAAGCAGUGAGAUGACGGACAGUAGUGGGCUGAGGGCAGCCCUGCAAGAGGCAGACUCUCCAGAGAGGGCCAACCCCCUGUCCUUCAACGUCACAUUGCUGGACUGGAUAAAUGUUCAAGACCGGCCCAAUGACGUGGAAUCAGUCGUGAGGAAAUGCUUUGACUCCAUCAAUAGGCUCGACCCACGGGUCAUUCAACCAUUCUUAGCGGAAUGUCGAGACACGAUUGCCAAACUGGAUAAUCAGAACAUGAAAGCCAUCAAAGGACUUGAGGACAGGUUAUACGCUCUAGACCAAAUGAUAGCGAGCUGUAAAAAGUUGGUCAAUGAACAGAAGGAACUUGCUCAGGGCUUUCUGGCCAAUCAGAAGCGUGCUGAGAACCUGAAGGAUACGUCCGUGCUGCCUGACCUGUGUCUCAGUCACGCCAAUCAGCUGAUGAUCAUGCUGACCAACCACAGGAAGCUUCUGGACAUCAAACAGAAGUGCACCACUGCCAAACAGGAGCUGGCGAACAACCUACAAGUUCGUCUCAAAUGGUGCUGCUACGUGAUGCUGCACGCGGACCAGGAUGGGGAGAAGCUGCAGGCCCUGCUGAGGCUGUUGACCGAGCUGAUGGAGAGAGUCCGGGUGGUGGACGCCCUCAGCACCGUGCCUCAGAUGUACUGCCUGGCCGUGGUGGAGGUGGUUCGCAGGAAGCUCUUCAUCGGCCACUACAGAGAGUGGGCCUGUGCUCUCGUGAAGGAUGGAAAGCAUCUGUAUGAGACCGAGAAGUAUAAAAGGGAAACGUUUGGCAAGUUGUUUAGGAAAUGUUUUCUCCGAAAUCGGUUGUUUAGAGGACUUGACUCGUGGCCCCCCACUUCAUUUUGCACAAGAAAGCCCAGAAAGUUUGACUUUGAGCUUCCCGAUAUUUCCCUUGGUGACCUGCAGUACUUAAAGACCUGUUGUCCUACAGAGGUGCAGCCUUUCCUCAGGGUUCCAACACUGUGUGAUUUUGAGCCUUUGCAUCUGCAUGUGGAGAUGCUUCAACAGUUGGUCCUUGCUUCUCAAGCUGCAAGUGUGGAUGAGAUGUCUCAAACUAUCACCGAUUUACUCAGCGAACAAAGGGGGUCGUGCAGCCAGAGUGCUCAGAGAUCCACGGCAGCGGUGACCCCACAGUCCGACAGCACCCCAGGGACUUCCUCCCCCAAGACCCCCUCCUCUCUCAGUCUCCCGGGGCCCCCCUGCCAGCCCCUCCCUGGCCCCACCGCCCUGGAGGACCUGUCCCCGGACAGCAUCGAUGCCCAAACCUUUGACUUCGAGACAAUUGGCCACCCCAACAUGGACCCCGUCCUGCAGCAGGCCGGCUCCCUGGACCUGGACUCCCUGGCUGAGAGCCCCGAGUCAGACUUCUUGUCGGCGGUCAACGAGUUUGUGAUCGAAAACUCGCCCACCCCCAUCAGCGACCCCACCAGCCCAGAGAUGAUGGUGGAGUCGCUGUACUCGUCGGUCAUCAACGCCAUUGACAGCAAGCGCAUGCAUGACACCACCACAUUAGAGAGGGAAAACUCCAAGUUGGCUACGCUGAAUCUGAGCAUCGAGAAGUACCGCUCUGCUGCCGAGGAGUCCCAGGCCAACUUGCGGAGCGUCAAGGAUGACCUGUACCGCUUCAGAGGCCUGGUGCUGAAGGAGCAGCGAGACUUUGGCUUCGCCCUGAAGACCAUGACCAUUGAGGUGCGCAACAUGGUGGACACCAUCCGUAAGAGGGAGGAGGAGGAGCUGAGGGAGCAGCACCAGGCCGAGCUCCUCUCUGUGCAGCAGGACCACGAGAAGCAACUUCAGACCCUGACGGAGGAGAACCGGGUCAACCGGAACAUCGUGAAAGACGUGCAGCGGGCCAUGCUGGAGCUGGAGGGGUUGCUGGAGCGCAAGGAGAAGGAGCUGACCCAGCUCGAGGCUGAGAGGCAGUGCUGGACCGAGGCGGAGAGCGGACACACUCAGAGCCUCAGUGUCCUGGAGCAGAAAAUCAGCGAUCAGGCCCAAGAUGUGCUGACUGUGGCUGCCUCCAGAGACUCCCUGUACAGCCAGUUGGAGACACUCCACAUUGAGAUCGAGCGCGGCCAGCAGAAGAUCCGCCAGGAGCUGGAGGGGGCAGAGCAGGUCCACCUGCAGGAACUGGAGGAGAGGAUGAGGCAGCAGCACCAGACCCAGCUAGACACCCUGGCCCGGGAGAACCAGGAGGCCAUGGAGUGCCUGGCAAUGGUGAACAGGGUCAAGCUGAGUGAGGUCGCAGACCGCCACGCCGCCUCUCUGACAGAGAGGGACGGCCAGCUGAGGGACCUGGAGUCCCGGGCAACUGAGCUGGCUGACCUACGCUGCAAGCUGGAGGUGGAGCUGGCCCUGAAGGAGUCAGAGAUGGAGGUUGUGAGGCUUCUCUACGAGGAGGCCAAGCAGGGGCAGCAGGAAGCCAACGUGAGGAAGGCUACUGUAGAGGCAGAGACCCAGUCCCUCAACGAACAGCUAGUUCAGGUCAACGGGCAGCUGCAUGCUAAGAACGAAGAGUACGAGAAGGGCCUGGCCGAGCUCCGGACGCUGAUGCUCAUGGAGAAAGACCAGUGCAUCUCGGAGCUGGUGGGCAGGCACGAGGAAGAGAGGAACCAGCGCCGCAGCGAGCUGACCGCCUUGCAGCAGCAGGCCCAGGACGCAGGAAGGAGCCACGCAGAACAGCUGCAGAACCUCCAACUAGACCUCGACCUGCAGACGGCAGCACUGCGCAACGAUAAGGAAGUGCAGCAGAGGAGUUUUGAGGAGCAGGAGCAACACUUGAGGACUGUUAUCUGCGAUUUGCAGACAGAAAAUGAUCUGCUCACCAAAAGAUUAGAGCAGGACACCCAAGCAGCCCAGGAACGUUUGGAGAAAGAGGAGUCCUUGAAGGCUGCAGUACCAGAUGCCUUCAAAGACUUUGAGCAACAAAAGGAGGAGAUGGAGAAAAGACUUCUAGACAAAAUUAGACAACUUGAAAAUGAGCUUCGGGAAAGACAAUCCUCAGAAAGAGAGGCGGGGUUGUCAAAGGUGCAGACAGAGGGUCGGGCAUCCGAAGCAGGAGCUCCUCUCUCCCUGGACUCUGCCUUGCAGGAGCGUCUGCAGCAGGAGACGGCCUCCCUGCACACCCAGCUGGAGCUCCUGGAGAGGAGGAAGGACGAGGAGAUGCAGAACCUCAAGACCUCCCUCAUUGCAGAACAACAGACUAACUUCAACACUGUUCUGAUGAGAGAGAAGCUGAAAAAGGAACAGAUCAUCAGUGAGCUCACAGAGGAGCUGCGGAAGGUUACCCAGCAGCAGGAGAAGGACAAAGGUCUGAUAGAGAUGCUGUCUGAGGACCGUGCCAUCGUCAUGCAGGAGAAGAAGCAGUUGGAGGAGGAUCUGAACCGGCUGCGCAGCACAGCCCUGGUGUCCUCUGCCUACUACAGCCCUAACCCCUUAGCUCUAGAGCCCACUGGAGCCGGGGCUAGACUUGGAUCUGGAGCUUGUCCUGGACCUGGGACUGAGGUUGGGGCUGGAGCCUGCUCCUCUGAGCUCUUCCCUGACCCAGACAGACUGGCCUCUGUGGCUUCCACCAGAGAGGACGACAGAGUGGACUCGGCUGUGGAGGCCAGCAUGGUGACUGUGCACGAUAACAUCCUGAUGAUGUCGGAGGAGAAACAGCGGAUACUGUUACUUGAGAGGACUUUACACAUGAAGGAAGAAGAAAACAAGCGCCUCAGUCAAAGACUGAUGUCUCAAAGCAUGUCCUCGGUGUCGUCACGGCAUUCUGAGAAAAUUGCCAUCCGAGAUUUCCAGGUUGGUGACUUGGUUCUGAUCAUCCUCGAUGAAAGGCAUGACAACUAUGUGCUAUUCACCGUGGGUCCCACCCUGUACUUCCUCCACUCUGAGUCCCUCACGGCCCUGGACCUCAAACCAGAUCCUAUGUUUACUUCAGCAUCAGGAGCCUCAAGACGGCCGUGGGUUCUCGGAAAAGUUAUGGAGAAAGAAUAUUGCCAGGCGAAAAAGGCUCAAAACCGGUUCAAAGUUCCUUUGGGCACCAAGUUCUACAGGGUGAAAGCUGUUCCGUGGAACAAGAAAGUAUAGUACAGCCAAGUUAUGAGCUGAAAUGUAUAUUUAUAUUGCAUAAAGUUUUAAACACUCACAUCAUACAUCAUUUAUAGAUCUCUUAUCAACUUGAAAAUGAAAAGAAAGAUCAUGAUCAUGGUAUUAUUUUGGCCUUCAGUUCAACAUCUCAUCAACCCCGUCUUUUUAAACUAGAGUAUUUGUUGUUGUGGACCAAAUGCUAUUUCUUUAUUAGGGCAUGGCCCUAAACACUGGCAGAAAGCAUUAAUACCCGUGCGUUAAUUUGAACAAAAACUAUUUGAAUGUUUAUAUAUUUAGUUCUCAUUCAUUAUCAGCAUUUGUCCUCUUUGUGGAAAAUAGUUCAUCAUUAUCAGCAAUAUAAUUCAAAUGAAAAUAUACAUUUAUUGUAAAUGUUUAUGGAUGAAUGUUCAUGGCAUGCAUAUUGAUAUAUUUUCUUUGGUUUUACUUAUCCAGGUAAAUGUUGUAGUUGGAAGUGUAGUCAAUGCCGUUUGUUACUUAUGGCCCUCAGUUAAUACUGAAAUGUACAUUUUGGCUGACUGACGCAAGCAGUCAUCAUUGCAAUCAUUGACGAUGCACUUUCCAAAAACAAUGCUUUUUGUUCAUUCAAAAGGGAAGGAAUUGUGCUAUUAAAUCAAAUAAAUACAGAAAAAACUAACAGCGCAAAACUUCCCGCUAUCAUAGAAUAUUGAUAUGUAGAAAGGAAUACUUGUUUUGACUGUGUUUCAUGAUUGGAUGACAUUGUACAUUACCCAUCAUUCAAAUCACGGAAGUAACAAUAAAGGACUGUAUUGUAAAAUAAUUUAGAGUUUUGAAACAAUAAAGGAUUGAUCCCAAA